CCGCGAACACAGCGACGAUGCCUCGCAAGCCAAAGACAAUCCCAGGGCCCUCCAGGCUGUCCAAAAUUCUCGCCAACCUGAAGAAGGGGCCGCACCCACAAUUGAGUGCUGUCACGGGCCUCAAGCUUACUCUGGCGUUCCGGAACGACCAUUUCGGGGCGAGGCAUUUCGUAAAGGAGGACCUUCCGCGAAUUCGCUAUGCCAACCCGGACCUAAAUAUUAAGGUGACAAAACUUCGCAAAACUCCGGAGGAGAGAUGGGAUCCAGAGAUGCAGGUUGAGCUUCGCGACGGGACUAUUAGGACAGUAAAUAUGCAGGGAAAAUGGUCCUCCGCUAUAUUCGAGGAGCUCAUGGAGAUGGGAGGCGGCGAUGCAUGGCAAAAGUGGAAGGAGGACAGGAUUGUCGCUGGUCUUCCUAUCACAGCCCCCACUCCUCUGAUUCACCCGGGCAAAACUGGUGCUGCUGCAGUUCUUCCAUAG